AUGCAUAUAUCCUUCUCUUCAGUCUUGGCCUUCUUCGCCCUCUCGGCUCCGGCACUGGCGACCUCUGCCCUCACCAUCACCAUCCCCCCUUCCAGCCUCCUCCCCAACCCCAACGCCCUUCCGGCCGGCACCCAUGCAACUUUGACCACCCUUCCUUCAUCCGAAGCUGCUUUUACAUCACAGACAAGGGGCCACCUUGCCGCGCCCCUCACCCGCUCCGCGACCUUCUCCUUCCAUCGACUGCCGCCCUCUACGAAACCGGAAUCCUACCUACUCGAAAUCCGCUCCCCGGAGUACAUCUUCACCCCGUACCGCGUCGAUAUCGCUGCCGAUGGCUCCCUUCUUGGCGUGUGGGAGACAAUCCGCGGAAAUCCGUGGGACAAUCGCGGUGCGGAGAAGUUUGUCCUCGCCGACGCCGAUGCCGAUGCCGAUGCCAAUUCCGCAAUCCGCGACGUGAAUAUCGAAGCGAAAGUCCUGGCAAAAAGAGGCUUCUUUGAGGAGCGAUCCAAAUUCUCCCCUCUGGCUCUGUUCAAGAAUCCUAUGAUUCUGAUUGCCUUGGUGGCGUUGGGGUUCACCUUCGGAAUGCCGAAAUUAAUGGAAAACAUGGACCCUGAAAUGCGUGCCGAGUUUGAAAAGCAGUCUCGUACUUCUCCCAUAACGGGUGCAACGCGGAGUGCUAUGUCCGGUGGUGGGGCGCCUGGCAAUUUCGAUCUGGCUGGCUGGAUGGCCGGUGCUACCCCACGACCUACUGCGGGUGCGGACGCUCCCAUAUCUCCUCCGGCUACGAUUUCGGGAGGAGAGAGCGGUGGUACUACGCGUAGAAGGGGAUAA